AGGAUCAAUCGGAAAAGGGGAUUAACUUGCAAUUUUUAAACGUGGACCGUACCACGUAGAACAUCUAGCCCGUUAAUCAUCUUAAUGCUAUAUUUGAGGGUGAUGAUUACGCAUCACAGGUGCGCCGCAUUUCGGAAACUUCAUCGUAUUCUCUCCAAAAAAGAAGCGGGAAAAUUCACCCAAAACACAACACCCUCAAAAAUGGCAAAAUCCAAAACACUCUUCGGUCUUCUCUUCACUUCCAGUACUUCCCGCUCCUCUUUCUCCCUUUCUCUCUCUCUCUAGACCUGGUCGCAUCGCAGAUUCGCAAGCACACACACUUCAGAUCCGAAUCUCGAUCCAUGGCAGAGUCCGAAUUCGAACCAAACCGAGUCCAUGACCUCGAAGAGAAAUCGUGGCACCUCCUCGCGCUCCUCUUCCGAAUCGGCCACGCCGUUUACCCGCAACGCCUCGCCGCGCAGUGCCGUUUGUUCGCCGCCUCGCCUGACUUCGUCUGCUACGUCAGCACUCUCCCCGGCUCGCCGCUCUCCGUCACCGACAACGGGCUCGUCACGCCCUCCGUCAGCGCCGUCUUCGCCCUCGGAAGCUUCUUCUCCCUCCGCUUCUCGCCGCCGCAGACGCACCGUUUCAGGAAACGCAAGUUGCUUUUCGAUUCCGCCGAAGAUGGAAGAGAGCGCAAGAGGUUAGCGAUUCGUCAUGGACUUCGAGAAUUUUCGUUCCAGAGUUUUGCUGAUGCUGCAGAGGCUCUGAUGAGAAGCAAUUUCCCUGUAAUAAAAUUUGAAUCACAGAAUAUAGGUAGUGGAAAUUUUGUAUUCCUCUUGCGUAUUGAUAAAAAUGAAGAGUGUUCAGGUUGUCCAAUGUCAAAUUUUGAACAUCGGGGAGCCAAUAAUGAUGCCAGCACAACCAUGUCUAAUGGAGAGGUUUCUAAAUCUAUUAUCGAAGUGCUGACCAAAAAAAUAUCCAUUAUCAAAACAAGUUACUUGAACUGUCCGAAGCUAGUGGACAAAAAUAGAUUCAUGGAAUGCAAUCUCUUUGUUGUGGAUCCCCCAUGCAAAGAGGGAAUAGUUAACAACCUUGGAAUUGGGAAGAAAAUAGAUUAUUUUGACACAUUUACGCAUGACUGUGCUGAACAAAACAGUAUUCAUCAUGUGGAUGAAGAUGGUAUUGGUAAAAGUAAUACUUGCAAAGAUCAACCAAGAGAACCAAAUGAAGAUGAUGAGGUGGAAAGUGGUUCAAAGAAAGGGCGGAUUGAUUCUGGCACAAAUAGAGUCAAGGAAGAUGUUGCUCAGAGGGUCAAUGCUGCACUAUGUGGAGAAGCAUUGACUAAUGGUUUGGAACAAAAGAACCAUGUCCAUGCAAUGAAUUUGGAAAAGGAGAGUGAGAGAAACACAGGGACUAAGUCUACUAAUAAAAUAUCAAAUUCCUCUUCAACUCCUAAGCGACCUUUGAAAUCUUCUAGCAUAUUAAAGGGAGGACAGAAGAAUGAUCUCCACCCCAAGUCACAAAUUCUUAAAGAGUCAUUAGUCAGUAAUAAAUUUGGUAAUGUUCCAAAAAAUGUUGAUCAACGUAAAAAUGAACAGAAUCUUACAGCAAGGAAGCAAAAUCAUAAAGAGAACAUGGCUGGAAAUAUUGCCACUACUACUAAGGUGGAGAAAAGAGCAUAUCCAUCAUUUGAAGCUUUUACAAUAGAGGAAGAAGAAGGUUCAGGUGGUUAUGGCACCGUUUACCGUGCUCAAAGAACUACUGAUGGAAAACGGGUUGCAAUAAAAUGUCCUCAUACUAAUGCUCAUAAAAACCAUGUAAAUAAUGAACGGAGUAUGCUCGAGCGUUUUGGUGGUAAAAACUAUAUAAUAAGGUAUGAGGGCUCUUUUAAAAAUGGCAACAGCGACUGCUUUGUUUUAGAACAUGUUCACCAUGAUAGACCUGAGGUUUUGAAAAAAGAAAUUGAUAUAGUUCAGCUUCAAUGGUACGGGUAUUGCAUGUUCAGGGCCCUUUAUUGCUUGCACAAAGAGGGAGUUGUUCACAGAGACAUUAAACCUGGAAACUUCCUUUUCUCUCGAAAGCUAAGCAAAGGCUAUCUUAUUGAUUUUAACCUUGCCAUGGAUUUAAAGCAGAAGCACAACAUUGGAAGUAAAUCUAAACCAAGCCAUGAUGCAGCAUCCAAUAUUGUUUCUUUCUCUUCUGGUUCUGCCCCUCUGGUCCGAGACAAGAACCUUGGAGGCAGCAAGUCUUUAACAUCCAAUAAAAGGGCUUUGGCAGAUUAUAAGAAUUAUUCUGAACUUAAUAGGCAUGUAAAGCAAAAGGAUUGUACCGGUCCUCUGAAAAAUUGUCCUGAUAAGGCUGGUGGGAGUUUUCUUAGAGCACAAGGAACAGAUGGCUCUGGUGUAACUUCUGCGAAAGAUCCUAGCACUAGGACUGCUUCUGCAGAGAGGCUCAGGGAACCUUUACCUUCCCAUGGAAGAAAGGAGCUUAUCAGCUUUGUGAAUACCAUGAAAUGUGCAAACAACAGUUCAACAAUAGGCCCUUCUUCACAAAGGAAAAGGGUUACUGCUCCCUCAAGCAAGGUAGAUGGCAAGAUUUUUAAUAUUACUCCGAUGCCUUUGCAUUCAUCUACUGUUGGUGGGGGAUUAAUGAGAAGCAAAGGUGAUGGAAAGAAAAAAGAAGGUUCAUGUGUUGGAACCAAAGGAUUCCGUGCUCCGGAGGUUUUGUUAAGGUCUCAGCAUCAGGGACAUAAGAUUGAUAUUUGGUCAGCUGGAGUCACUCUACUCUACAUGGUGAUCGGGAAGACUCCUUUCACUGGCGACCCAGAACAGAAUAUAAAAGAAAUUGUUAAAUUGCGGGGCAGUGAAGAGUUUUGGGAAGUGGCCAAGCUACAUGACCGUGAAUUAUCUUUUCCAGUGGAGUUACUUGAUGACCGAUACUUACAGUCAUGGGACUUAGAAGGCUGGUGCAAGAUUCACACAAAGAGACCAGAGUUUCUUGAGCAGAUCCCGAAAUCGCUGUUUGAUUUGAUAGACAAGUGUCUAACAGUUAACCCAAGAAAUAGGCUCAGUGCUGAAGAUGUUCUAAGGCAUGAAUUCUUUGACUCACUGCAUGAGUCCCUGAGGAAGCAAAGGAUGCUUCAUCGACAUCGAGCUCUCAGGUCGGAUGCAGCAGCUUCCAGAGCAAUCUGACAUCAGUUUCAUCAAGUGCAUGUACUUUUGGUAGCAACUGACCACAUAAGUAGUUGUUACUGUAUAUUUUUUGAGGUGAAGGUGGUUAACACAUAAGAGGGUUUCCUUACCUGUUAGUGAUGGCUUUACUGUAUAUAUAACUAUAUCAGAGAAACCUAGCAGUGUAACUUGUAAGUUGUGUUAAAUUUAGAACUUUAACAUAUUUUUGUAUUUAUUAUUUUAUUGCUGUAAA